CUCCCCCAUUAUACCACCACUCCUCGCCUGACCAAGACAUGGAUGGAUGAGCCAGCCAACAGCCCUUCUACCUCUGCCGCUGGCCCGCGCAAGUCGCAAGUGACGUCUUGCGCUGAAUGUCGGCGGCUAAAACUACGCUGCGACCGUGUUUUUCCAUGUUCCUCCUGCAUCCGCCGUGGAUGCGCCAACCUAUGUCCCUCUGGCACGCUCGAGAAGGGCAAGCGUGGUUUCCUUAAACGCCUUGAACAGUCUUUGCCCUCCGCCAAGCCCGGGGCGGACCAGGAGCACUCUGAGGUCGCCAUGUUUGUUGCGCGUGACGCAGCGAUGCAAAAGCGUAUCCAAGAGCUGGAGCAGGCGUUGACGGGCGCUGGGGUGCCUAUUCCCGGGACAGCCCCGCCAACAAGCGAACCGAGUCGAGCCAAACGACCGCGCACACUGUCCAAUACGGACCAGUCCACGGACGUAACGCUUGGCUUUGGCACCCUCACCAUCGACAGCGACAAGCGCUCGCGUUAUGUGGGGCCGUCAGGUGGAGCAGCAUACCUCACAGAUUUGUGGAAAGGAAACCACAGCCGUGGCAGCUCAGACGAGAACUCGACAGACCGCUCUGUUUCUCCUCAACAAAUGGCCAUUCUCACCAAAAUGGGCUGUCUUCCCCGCUACGACGACGCCAUCAGAAUAGCACACAUCUACUUUGCUAACGCCGCAUUCAUGUACGAAAUCAUUCCGGAGAAGAUAUUCUUCAACACCCACCUCCCCGCUAUAUACCCCGACCGCGCUGGCCCCUACGCCCCAACAAAUCUCCACAUCCUCGCGCUGGUCAGCAUGGUGCUUGCUGUUGGCACCUACUUUGACCUGAACCACCCACCUGAAACCCUCACACCUGUUGCGGCACGCUACUUCGAGCUCGCGGUCGCUGCCCUUAACGUGACGAUCCCGCUCAAACUCGACACAAUCCCCGCCGUCCAGACUCUCCAUUUAAUGGCCCUCUAUUUCCUCAGCACUCAGGGCGAGGCGGGCGGCGAGCCAGCGUGGCAGUUGUUAGGAAUGGCGAUGCGGUCUAUCCAGGCCCAGGGGUGUCACCGUGAUGGCUCAAGGUGGGGCCUACCUGGGCCUGAACUUGAGGAGCGCCGACGUGUUUUUUGGGAGACACAUAUGUAUGAUCGGAUUCAGUCUUUUACGUUUGGCCGGCCUUACAGCCAGAGCGAUGCACAUCACGACUGUGAAAUGCCCACAACCUGUGACACCCCACUACCCUCUGAUGACGACCCGGUCAAUAGCGCGUUCUCGCACACGCGUUGGCACGUGUACAAGUUCCGUUUUGCGAGACUGCUUGGGCGGAUCGCGGACCGAGUAUUCGGCGCCGCGGGGCCGACAUAUUCCGUGAUCCUCGAGCUCGACGGGGAGAUCAACAAGAGCUACGCUGCGUUACCUGGGUGGAUGUUGUCUGAUGCCGUGGUACAUCCGAUUGCGACGCUACCCACACAUGCGCUUGGGGCAGAGGGGGACUUGAGAAGGGACGCGCAAAUCGCGUCGCUGACAAAUAUGUACUUUUUGACGUUGCUGCACCUCCACCGUGGCCCGUUUUGUCGCGCGCUGAUGGAGGGUGCGGGCGGGCUAGCGACGUCACGGUACCGCGAGAGUGUGGACAGUCUUGUCCGGGCGGCGCGUGCCAUCAUUGAUAAUGCGCGGGGGGCUGUUUGCGCUCCAUCCAGGUUAGUAGUCUCUUCGCUCUCAAGUCGGAUGUGGUACUUUACGUUCCAUACGUUUACUGCUAGCGUAUGUCUCGCGGUACUGGUGCUUGUUGCCCCAGCGCAUCCUCUGGCGGCCGCCGCGUAUGAUGGGCUGCAAGCUGCAAUCGAGCUGUUUGGGAGGGCGGACGGUGAGCGUGCACGUGUUGCGGCAGAGCGUGCCAGAGGGCUCGCGGCGCGGGCGGGCCGGGAGAUGCAACGCGCAGCGGAAGGGCGAACUGGCGUCGGGCCCGAUUUGCACACGGGGCGGGAGCCGGAUUCAGAGGCCGGACACCCGCCGGGCCGGCCGCCGGCUGUUCCGCUUGCAGGCCGGAUGGCGUUCCCCACGUCGAAUUUGCGGGGGGAACCCGGAGGACUUGUUGGGCACGACGACAAAACUGAUUCGCGCGCAGCCGGUGGAGGACGUCCCGGCCUCACCACCACCACCACCAUUGGAGCUGCAUCAUCGUCCGCCCCAGACGACACAAGUCACGCAUCACUGGCAUGGGGAAGAGCAGACGCAGGCGCAAAUCCCGGCGGUCACGUGGGCGUGCCGGGGCCCAGUGGAUAUCGGCAUCAGCAACAUCCACAUCCACAGCAGCCCUAUGCCCCGCCGAUGUUCGCACCAGCUGCAUACCUCGCGCAGCCGGAGACAGGCAUGUUCGAUGUCGGUGCGUUCAUCCAGAGCGGGGCCCAGGCGUGGAUGGCGUAUGACCAGACGGGUGGAGGCGGGGAGGGUGGUUGGCAUAUGCACCAUGGCGGUGGUCGUAGCUGA